AGCAUGGGAGGCUACUGUAGCAUAUGAAUCAGCAUGGAGAGAGCAACUACAGGGCAACGAUAGUAAUAAAAAGCAUUAAUGAUAACAUUAGAACAAAUGUUACUCUGUUGUCAAGGCUGUUGAACCAGGAUGUUGAUAUGUAAAUGGAUGAAAUUAAUCAGGAUUUACAUACUGCAAAAUGAGUGUGUUCUGAUUGUGUUUUGAUUUUGAAGCUGUGCUCAUCUCUGCCACCCCCUGUGUUGGGUCCUCUUGUUUUAAUUGUUAUCAUUUGAUUGGUUGACUUGGAAUGCUUGAAUGGUUUGGUCACUGUGCUUACCAUUUCAAAUGCUCGUGUUUGUAUGAUUCACAUCCAAUUGAUCGUGCUUAGAUUGUGACAUUGAUAUGCUGCACUGUGGAGCCGUGUUUUCUUGCAUACUAAAUUGAUCCAUCUCUAUUUAUUUUCGAAACUAUUUUGGUUUUGAAUUUAUUAUUAGACAUUUCUGGUCGAUUUUUGACUUUCCGUUGUAUUUGUAUAAGUAAUGAUAGUGUAUAGGACCUGGAUAUGUUUUAUAUUUAAUAGCAAUCCAUACGGAUUCCUAUUUUGAAAAGCCUAUUCAUAGCCUAUAACCUAGAUAUCAGUUUUAUGCAAGAUCACUUGGGAUUAUUCAUCGGAGCCUGUACAUCCGUACGGAUACCUUUAGGAAAAGCGUUGAUGUCUAAACUACAGUAACUACAAUUAAUGCAUUGAAUAUUUGCAAAUAUACUCGGACACAUUCGGUAGGUGAAAGAAGAAUGAUUAGCUACAGUACUGCAGAUUGGUCAUGUCUACGCAUGAUUAAUUGGUUCGACACCCAAUCACGCCGGUCAAUUUAACACAAGGAGAAUGCUUACGAAUAAACUGGUUACCAAUGACGGUAUUUGAAUUCAUUUAAGUUGACACUUGAUUCCCAUCAGACGGGAUGUUGCAGUUGCGAUUUCUAUCCAAGUUAAUUAUGAUCGUAACAACUAAAGAUCCAUCUUGUUAGAUACCAACAAGACUUCCUCUUCAUAUUUUUUCAUUUGUGUUUCAAUAGCUGAUUUUGCAUCAGUUUUAAAAACAUCUAGUUAAUGAAGAUUUUUUUUUUAUAAUCAGCAAGCUUUUUACAAACACCUAACUGUUCGCACUUGUAUCUUCUCAAUUUACUGAUGUCUUAUCGUUAACUAUCUGUUUAGCGUGAAUUAUGAAGUCAUGGUUUAUUGGAUCUCAUAUCUGAAAUUCUGUUUUGUACGAGACUUCUGAUUUCAAAUUAAGGAUUUUGUCUUGGGAUUUUCUUGGAAAAUACGUUUUUGGUUAUUAUUGGAACAUGUUUAAAUCAGCGCAUCAAAAGCUAGAAGGCACGCCACGAGGGCGAUCAAAGAGUGUAGUUCCCACACUGAGCACGGUGCUUGGCUCAGAAGAACAGAAUGAGUUUUUUCAACGAGAAACACUUCGAGGUUCAACUAAAUUCAAUGGACAGCGGAGUAGGUCCGAAGGAAAGCUGGCUUUGGCAGUUGAUGCCCAUGCAGCUAGUAGUGCACCCUCAUCGGCAAAAAUCUCAAAACGAGAGUCACUCAAAGUUCAGAAGAAGAACUAUAAACGAGAAAAGAAGCGUGUUACUAAGGAGUUAUUGAGCACUCUGUCAGAUCCAGCCAUAGUUGUCAUGGCUGAUUUCUUAAAGGUUCGAGGUACUUUGAAAGGUUGGACUAAACUAUGGUGUGUUUUGAAACCAGGAUUGUUAAUCCUAUACAAGGGACCAAAGCAUGGUCAGUGGGUUGGCACUAUUUUAUUGAACACUUGUGAAUUAAUAGAACGUCCAUCAAAGAAGGAUGGAUUCUGUUUUAAGCUCUACCAUCCAUUGGACCAAUCUGUUUGGGCCACAAAGGGGCCUAAAGGUGAAUCAAUGGGAGCUAUAACCAUUCCACUGCCUAGCAACUAUUUAAUUUUCCGGGCACCUUCAGAAGCUGAUGGUAAAUGUUGGAUGGAUGCUUUGGAGUUGGCUCUGCGAUGCUCUAGUCUACUGAUGAAGUCUAUGAGAGAUAGUGGACAGAUUGACGCAAGUCUACUCACCCAGUCUUUUCAACUGGAAACAAAUAACCUUGAUGAGUCAGAAAUUGAGAAGCACUUUGCCAACCAAGGCUUGGAUGAGUCGGAUAUUGAGAAAGAUGAGGAGAAAGAUCAAGAAAGCAAGUCGGAUUCUGAUCUGUCUGAAGAAGAGGACAGUGUUGAGCCGUUAGAAGUUCCUCAUAAGGAAACACUCUAUGUCCCAAACGAGGUCGAGGAACUCGGCUUGGAGAAUACACAAUCAGAAACCUUAGGCGAAGAGAACAAAGGUUUAAUAUGGGGACUAAUUAAGCAAGUACGUCCAGGGAUGGACCUGUCAAAGGUUGUACUACCAACAUUUAUACUUGAGCCUAGGUCACUACUUGACAAGCUUUCUGAUUUCUACUACCAUGCUGAUAUGUUAUCAGAAGCUGCUGUACAAGAAAAUCCUUUUACUAGAAUGAAGUCAGUUGUUAAAUGGUAUCUAUCUGGAUUUUACAAAAAACCUAAGGGACUGAAGAAACCAUACAACCCAAUCAUAGGAGAAACCUACCGCUGCUUGUGGACUCAUCCAAAAACAAACAGCAGGACAUUUUACAUUGCAGAACAGGUUUCGCAUCACCCUCCCAUCUCUGUCUUUCACAUUUCAAACCGCAAAGAUGGCUUUUGCAUUAGUGGGGGUAUAUUGGCCAAGUCCAAGUUCUACGGGAAUUCAGUAUCAGCACUCAUGGAUGGGGUCGGAAAACUCACAUUCCUAACACGUGGAGAAGACUACCUUAUAACAAUGCCAUAUGCUAAUUGUAAAGGUAUUCUGUAUGGCACCUUGACGAUGGAGUAUGGGGGUAAAGUAUCAAUUGAGUGUGAGAAAACUGGCUACAGAGCUGAAUUAGAUUUCAAAUUGAAGCCUUUUUUUGGUGGAUCCUGGAACCAAAUCACUGGCAAACUCAAGUUUGGCAAAGACACCCUAGCAACACUAGAGGGACAGUGGGAUGAAGAAAUAUAUAUGAAAAACAAAAGAACUGGAGAAUCAGAAUUAUUUUGGGCUGUAACUCAAGAAGUCAGAAGUCAAAGGCUAAACAGGUCAACAGUUGCUCUUAAUGAACAGGGUGCUUUUGAAUCAGAGAAACUAUGGACCCAUGUAGCAGAUGCCAUAAAGAAAGGGGAUCAAACCCAGGCUACUCAUGAGAAAUUUCUUCUGGAAGAAGAGCAGAGGAAAGGGCACAAGGAACGCAAGCUUAAGAAUCUGGACUGGGUGCCCAAGCUGUUUGAGCUGGAUGAAAUCACAGGGGAUUGGGUGUAUAAACACAUGGAUAACCGACCAUGGGACCCACAGAAUGACAUUGAAGAAUUUGAACGUGAUGGCAUUAUACAAACACGGACACGGCACAAAACGCCAAUUGUGCGUGCCACUAGUAUAGUAAGCUUACCGAAGGGGCUACCCAAAAACACAGACUCGUCCGAAAAACAGCUAAGGAAACAGAAGUCAAUCAAUAGAGCUCGGGACAAGCACAACGAAGGAAGGACGUCACUGAGCCUACGACCUCUACACGACGUGGACCGAGAAAGCGAAUGCUCAACCCCUGAACUUGAUAGGCAGUCUGUUUCUGAGAAUGAAAAUUCACAAUCGUUUAAAUCUAAGAUAGCUGGCCCUGUAGACGCGAGCAUGGUUGAGCUCCUCGUGAAGCCUAUUGUAGAAGGCAACAAACGACAAGCAGCCGAAUUGCAACUCAUUAACACCCGACUUGAGGCAAUUGCACGCCACAUGCACGACCGUCGCCGAGACAUCACCGGAGGAUUUUCAACCAAAGAUUUAGUAAUAAUCACAGUGCUUCUACUACUCAGUCAGGUGGUUCUAGGCUAUUUAUUUAAAUAAUUUAUGAAGAGAUUGUUAAUAUAUGUACCAAUUUAAAUUCUCUGGUCUAAGCUUACUAAGAGUACUUAUUGGCUUGCCAAUGAAAUACAAGGUUAAUUUAAUGAUAGGGUAAUGUUACAGAGCACAAUAAUCUUCCAGAAAAAGCUGGCAAUAGUGUUGAAGGAUAAUUGAUGUUAGUUUCGAUACCACUCAGGACACAUUACCCAAGAAUACAGUGUGGGCUAGCUUAGCUUGGCUUUGUUAGCUUGGAUAUAAGUAUGAGUCGCUUAGCUAAACUAGCCUGUAGAUCAUGUUAGCUAUGCUAGCUUUGAAUUGAAGUCGGUGUAACCAGCUUUGCAAGGGUAACUUGGAAACUUGUUGGACUAUGCUUGCUUUGACUCAGUGUAGGCCAGCUUAUCAAGGGUAGACUGGAUACCUUAGCUAGGCUACCUGAUUUGAAUCUAUAGCUAAAACCUGGUUUCCUUAAAAUCGCUACACUGUGGUUGCGAUUGGCUGAUUGGUCAACUGACCAAUCAGCACCACCAAAAGCUGUCAGCGAUGUAGCAAUUGGAAACCAAGUUUAUUAUAAUAAUAAUAAUAUUCUGGCGUAGCAUUGUUGACAUAUUGCCAUUGGUUGUUUUGUGUAGGUAUCUAUAAAUAACUUGAUGAGUAUGCAAGCUUUUGUAGUAGCGCCCCCAAUGUACAUCUUGAUUUUGUUUCAGUUGGUGUAAAAGCCGACACUGUUUAUAAUACUAUUUAUAAUACAGGAGUACUGCAGUGUUUAGAUGUAAUCCUCAAAUUGUUCAAAAGACGAGUUAUUUGUAAUCCAAUGAUAUAGCAGGUUAGGUGAUGUCCUAUAUGUGUUGUGACCUAUUGCAAAAUUCCAGCAUAGGCAUUUCUAUUUAAGUAUUAAAAAACUGACAGACAAUUUAAGCCUGGCUUUCAUAGUCGCUACACAGUUGCUACAGCGUUUUCCCUGCAAUCUUUACACUGUGUAGGUGUCCCCGACGAUGCAAUCAAAACUGCUCCGUGAUUCAACUGACCAAUCAGCGUCGCAAAAGGAGUCAGCGAUAGCAUGUAGCUAUUUUAUGGAAACCAGGCUUUAAUCGUCUCAGUUGAUACAGGAACUUCAUGAAUGAAUGGAAAUAAUUUUUUGUUAAGCAGUUCAAGGGUCCCGAGUCUCCCGCAACUUGAGGAGUCUCCUGUAAAUCGGGACGGCCUCCCGUACUGCUGAUGGGUAUCACUAUGUGCGGCAAAAAGAAAUCAGCUCUCCCGGAAAUGACUUCUUCCAACUUGGGACUCCUGAAUAGUUUGAUUAGACUUAUAGAUUUAUCUCCUUGAUAAUUGGUGAGCCAAAGAGCCAGCCUUGUGCAUAACUAGAUCAUGGGCCUUUACUUGGAACACUGUGUGGAUCAUGGGCCUUUACUUGGAACUUUACUUGGAACACUGUGUGGAUCAUGGGCCUUUACUUGGAACACUGUGUUUCUGCCCAAAGACAAGCAAUACAGCCAAGUAGUUGUAGUCAGGAUUAUCAUCAGCUUCCAAACUUGUUAUCUUUUUUAGAAUUCUUUUGUACAUGUAUACCUCUUCUAGUAACACUUUCCUAUAUGCAUACUGACAUGAAUAUUCAAAUAUUCUAAUUACUAGCAAUUCAUGUUCAUAUAUAAAUAAGGUUAAAAUAGGUUGGAUUAAUAAAUGAAGGUAUUUAGAACAAGAAAAAAAAUAUAUAAAAAGUUUGACUGUACAUAUUUGAGUCUUAUUGUUUCCUGUCACCCAGGUCACACAUAGGUCAAGGUAUUUUUAUGCCUAAUUCAUAUUGGAUUAUCCAAUCAUUCCACAUACUUUGUAAAACUAUUUUAAUUUUUAACAUCAGACGAAUAUUUAUAAGAUGAGAAAAUAAGAUAAGAUAAUCACUUUCAAAUGAAUGUAUAAUAAUGCUUACAAUAUUAUGUUUAUUAAAUUUAAUUAUUAUUGUGCAUAUUAAUAUAAUUUAUGAUUCAAUCACUGCCACCUCAUUUCACGGAAACCAUUAUCAUUUGAAGGUUUGCCUGGCGAAGUAACAAUGUGUUAAAUGCUUGCGGUACAUCACUAUCUAACUACAGAUUAUAAUUGUAAUCAUUAUUAUUAUUAAUAUAAUUGAUAUAGUUAUGAUAAAAUCAUACAUUUUGCUGUUUCUAUUGCACACUACCUAAAAGUAACAGUGUAGUAGAAAACAUAUAUAGUAAUGUAUUUCAAUUGAUUAACAUCUUUUUAAAAUGUAAAAGUACUCUAAAUAUUUUAUAUAAUAAUUAAUGAUAUUUGUGCAGAAGCCACUUCUUAAAAACAAGUGUAAACUUAUUUUCCAAUUCAAAAUAAUUUAAAAAUCUACUCAUUUUUCAAAAAUGCUUUAUUAUUGAACUAUUAUUGAAUUUAGUAAUUUACCAUUUUACUAGUUAUCACAGGACAUCAGUGUACAGCAAGGUGAUAUUCACCAAUUAAAAUGAGACUUUGGUCUUAAACAUAUAACAUUUGCUGAAACAAAAAGCUGAAACAAACCAAAACAAAUGUAUGUACGAUACCAUUCCUAUAUUUUUUUUAAUGAAUCCUUAAAUGGGCGAGUAAUAAGCUAUUGAUGAUUAUCACAAUGUAAAUACAAACAACAAAUCUAAGAAAAACUUUGGUCUUGCCAAAAUGGCGAAAUGAAUCUGGUAAAAGAACUUUUAAAUAUAGUUCUGUUAAACUUUGGAAUAAUUUUCCCUCAAAUAUUCGCAGCACUAUACUCACUUUAAAAUCUUUCAAAGAUUUAAUUUAAAUUUGCUUCUUUUGUAUGAAAUUUAAGUUGUUGUUUUUGACCCCAAGGAAGAACAAUGUCCCCACAUUGAUUGGGUAUCCAGUAAAAAGAAAGGUUUCUAAUUCUAAGCGUUUUUGUAUUAAAAUAUGUCUAAAUCAGCAGAAUUGUUUCAGUAUGUUUCCCAUUACAAUUGAUAACUUACUUAAUCCCUGAACAACUUGUUGUUUUAGAAUAUCAACAAUAUUCAUUAAGCUGGUAUGUAAUAACCAUGUUUGCAUAAUAUAUGUAUCCAUUGAUAAACAUAAGGCAGUGUAUAGGGUAUCAUAUAUUAUACAUUGCCCUAUGAUGUACAUAAAGGUUUAUAUAUGCAUCAUAAUAAUGCCUAUGGUAUACAAUGUGUUUGGCAACAAUGAUGGUACCCAAGCUGUAACAUGGAUGAGCAUGGUAAACUUCCAUCAUCAUUAUCUUCUGGUACUGUGCAUAAUCUAGACUAUACUCGCACAAGUAUAGUACAGUAUUAUUAUGUUAUAUCAAAAUUUCUAUUAUUCUGUUCAUAUUUUGACUGGUUCAUUUUAUUUUACACCUGAAUUGUUUUAUACAUUAAAUAUACUUUACAUGAAGUUGUUUGUCAAAUAUCAUUUAGUAUUUCUCAAAGUUCUAAUAUUAAUAUAACACUGUUUAUGCAUAUUUAAAAAAAAAAAAAUUGUUUAUGCACUUUAGGUGCUUAAGGGCCGAUAUAAUAACUUUUAUAACAUAAUAUAAUUACUUGCACCUUUUUUUUACGUACGUUUCUUGAUAACUAAAAGUAAUACAAUUUCAAAUCUUGAAUGUAUUCUACUGUAUGUCCAUAUUUAAUUGUUGGUGGUUUAUGGCAGUGUAGGUAUCUUUAAUUAUAUAUAACACCCAAGGUAUUUGAUGCAUUAUUGCAUUAUUAUUUUGUACCAUGGAUCCAAGUUAGCUUCGUGGAUAUAAAAUGCAAUAACACCACAUCCUGAGUAUGAUGUUUGUAUUGCCUUAAAAAGAGUUCAACAGUGUUUAUGUUAAUGGUUGUUAUUGCCUAUAUGUUACAGAAACAAUAUUUUCUGCAGGAAUAAGUGAUGAGAAUUGAAAGUUUUACCCUUUGCAUUUGCCUAUAUGAAUGUACAAUUUAUAUUUUAUGUUGGAUAUAUAUAUAUAUAAGAAAUUUAACAGUAACAAUAAAUUAUUGUGCAAUUGAACAUUUCAAA